CUUGGUGAAAAUGUACGAGCAAAGCACGGAGAGAGGCUAUAUCAUUGAUCAAUACUGCAAUUGAAUUACUUCCCUGUGUAUUGAUGUACCGGCGAGCUUUCCAGCGUAUAACACAGUGUCUAGAAAAGGCUUUAUAUCAAGAGGGAGAUUUUCACUAAUUUCACGACGGAUUGUAAAUUUUACAUCAGCCAGCACGUGAGAAGACUCUUGGGAAAACAACACAACAUCUGAUGUGAAUGGGAAAGCAGGCACUUCAAUAAACAAUGAAUAUGAAUAGGGUGAUGAUGUUUUCUUAGCAAAAUCACUCAAUCACAUCCUGUGAUGAAUGACGUUGAAGCAAGCCAAUCUAAUUUUCGUUUGGAUAAGGAAGAAUAUUACGACAAAACAAUUAUAGAGGGUAACUUAAAGUUAGAUUGAAUAGUAUUUGGUUGGAGUACAGUGUUUUCUUAAUUAUCAUAAUUGGAAAACUUAUCAAAUAAUGUGCCAUAAAGUAUGUUAUGUGAGCUGAACAAAUUUGGAAGAAACUAAAAAUGUCGGACAAAAUGAAUCAUUUAUCACCUUGGGAUUUAAGCGGUGUCGGUAUGGGAUUCGGUCUUUACCGGCCUAGGCGCCCAAGUUAUACACUCGCUACUCAAGCACAACGGCAAAGAAGUGAAAGUUAUAGGUACGCUGUAAGAAAGAGUACCUCUGAUCCGGACGAACCUGCCGAUUUUAUAGAAGGGAUUAUUCAAAGAAAGAACCGAAAAGAAAGCUAUGUUCGUGCUACACGCGGCGAGCACACAGACGUAGAAAUGAGUGAUGUUCGCGAAGCAAUGCGAGCGCUUGAUGAAGAGCUUGCUGAAUGCUCGGAGGCAUCAGGUGCAACCGCCAUUUCACCGACAAAACUUCCGCCACCAUCAAGUCCUGUCAUUCUGAUAAACGAUCAGAGCUUUACUAACAGUAACAAUAUCAGUUAUGCAAAUCAUAAUGAACAAUAUGAAAAGUUGAAUGGUUCUCAGAGACACAACAGGAAAAGUUUACCAAACGCACUUUCUGAAAAUCAUAUACAGGAACUGAAAGAGGUGGUUGCGUUGAAACGGUAUUCUCCAAAUCAUGAACCACAACAUAGUCCGGCACCUGAUCGUCAAAGAAAAUCUGGAAUGUCCUUACCUGUGAAUGAUAAACAUGAGGAGUAUAAUGAAGAUUCCGUCUUCACUACGGAGUUUACCGAAGGCGCGAACGAUGCUACAACGCCAACGUCCGUCGAAAGCACGCCAUUUAAAGGAUUCAAGAAAAUACGUUUCAAGAAAAAUUUAGUAUUAUUGUGUGUGAGCUUUAUAUUGAUUUUCAAUGCAUUUAGAGCUAUACAAAAUCUCCAAUCUUCCAUUCACUCAGAGGGGUAUCUCGGAAUCAUAUCUAUGGCAUGUGUUCAUGGAACAAUGUGCAUAUCUUGUCUCUGGGCACCGGUUGUAAUUAAUAAAUUCACUGCAAAGUGGACGCUGGUUUUCGGCAUGUCCACUUAUAUUUUGUGGAUUGCUUCCAAUUUCUACCCUAGAUUCUAUACCCUUAUUCCGUUUGGAAUUCUAGCCGGUGUUGGUAAAGGAAUACUAUGGACCGCGGAGUCUUCUUACAUAUUGAAGUUGUCUUUCGAUUACUCUCGUAUAACUAAAGAGGGCUUAGACAAAGAAAUGUUUAGGUUUCACGGAAUAUUUCUUGCGUGCUUCCAAACGACUCAUAUAUGGGGAAACCUUAUAUCAUCCCUGGUGUUACACAGUGCAAAAAAGUCAUUGAUAAAGGAUGAAGAACCAACAUUUGAUUAUUAUAUGAAUACGAAUGCAUCAUAUGUGGAAGGAGAUAUGGUCGGUGGUGGGGAGAUAAUCACAGGUGGAUCUUGUGGGGUCCUGUAUCCAUGCCAACAUGCUUCUAUUUCUACCGAUGUUACCAAAGAUGUACCGAGUACAAUUUGGAAACUCAUGAGUGCCUACAUAAUCCUUGGCUUUAUCGCUUUGUUCCUCACCGUUUUAUGUCUCGACAAAAUUGGUGCCAAAUUCGAUCCGGACAAAACAGGUUAUGAGAUCGUUGUGGAACACGUCCAGUUAAUGUUGACCCACAAAACGUUCCGUCUUCUUAUACCUUUACUUAUAUUUAGUGGUUUGCAACAAGCUUUUGUUUUCUCGGAUUUUACACAGGCUUAUAUCACGUGUACUAUUGGGGAAGAAUACAUCGGCUAUUGUAUGAUAAUUUUGGGUUUGGCUAAUGUCAUCAGCGCAGUUCUCGUGGCAGUGUGUGCCAAUGUGAUAGCUCGAGAGGUUGUAUUUGGGAUAGGGGGAAUAAUCCACAUGGGUUUAAUGAUCGGCCUACUGAUUUGGAUUCCAGACACACGUUUAGUCAUUUUCUUUGUAAUGGCUGCAUCGUGGGGUGUUUGCGAUGCCGUAUGGCAGACGCAAUGUAAUACUCUAAUCUGUAUAACUUGCCCGGAGGAUGCUGAAGUGGCAUUUGCAAAUUACAGACUUUUACAAAGUUUUGGAUUGACAAUUGGAUUUCUCAGCGGCACCUUUUUAUGUGUUUCUUUUAAGUUAUAUAUCUUGAUGAUUUUACUGGUUGUUGCCAUAAUGUUCUAUGUGUUGGCGGAAUACAAAGUAAGACAGGUUGACAGUGACGUUUUUGAAGGUUCUAUUGAAGUGAAUUAAUCUUAUUUUGUAAAUGUUUUUGGGCUUUUGGAAUUUGAUAAACGGGUCUUGCAAAGUUAAGGUGAUGUCGAAUGAAGGAGGAACGAUGGAUGAGUCAGUUGAUGGAAAGCCAUUGAAAUAUACAUUCACUUUCAAAGAUUAAAUCGUUUACAAAAAAACCCACUUCACAAGAGAUGUCUAUGGCAACAGAAACAUCACGUGAAAAACGUGAAAAAUGUCCUGUGUAUGAUUGAUGAGGCGAGACACACGAAAAGAGACAACAAAUAAAAUGUUUGCUGCAUUUUGGCGCCAGUUUGAUAUAAGAUAUUUAGAAAAGCGGUUUUAAUCAAAAUUUUAUACUGAAGCCAGCAAUGACGAUAAUGACGGUGAAAUAGUAAUAUGCAAAAUAUAUUGAAGCUACUGUGGCAGUGAUAAAUGGGGCUGUAAUCGCAUUCAACAUCAACAAGCACUAUACCAUUACAUAAAUCAACACCAUUUCUCAUCCGUCUAUCUGUCUGUCUGCCUAUUUGUCAUAUGUACAACGCAAGUGAUGAAAAGUUCUGUAUUUGUACUUUUUCGUGAUAAUGAAAUGUUGGUUAGUCGUUUGAAAAUUGAUGAACCCACAUUGUCAUGGCCUUUUAAAACAUUCACACAAUGAAAUGUUUCAUUAUUUGUCUUAAAGCAUGAAAUGGACUAUGUUUAAAAACCGUCACAAAUGUAAGGACCCUACUGUUUUAGUUGUUUUAGUUUUGUUAAUGAUUUGUAAUAGAAUCUACAUGAAUGUAGAUAGGUAAUCCAUUAGAAUUGCUGCUUGAUACAGAUGCACAGAUUUUCAAGUAAGACGUGAUUACGAAAUUUGAUAAUAACAGUUUUAAAUUCAGUUUUAAAUGAAAGAGAUUGAGAAGUAAAUGCAUAGGGAAUAAUAUGCUUUCAGUUUUAAUUGAAUUGGUUUCACAAUCAAGAAACGUAUGUUUAUCGAUAAUGUAAAUAAUGGAGUAAACAAUUUUCACUUCACAUAUUAUUGUUUUGUUCUUGAAAGUAACAAAGAAAGAAACAAAUAUAGAAUUAAUUGCAAAUGCACACCUUCUUCAUAAUAUUUUUUUCUUAUUUUAUGAAAUUAUAUUAUAAUUGUUUCAAUAUAUUCUUUGUAUUCAUUAUAUUUGUUGCAAUAUCGAUAAAACAUUUUGCAUUUCGACAAGUGUAUCGUAUUGCUGCAAAAUAUCUAAACACAUUUGAAAGGAUUGAAGUUGACCGAUAACAAUUUCUCCUUCCUUGGUGACAAUUCCAUUUAUGACCAUUGGCGUGUCUUACGGUUAAUGAUAACAAAUAGCAAUCAGAUAUCAUGUUAAAAAACUGAAAAGGUUUUUAAGAAAAUGUUUAAGUAAAUUUAAUUACAAGUUCACCAGCGGGCAUUGUCACAGGUGAUUGGUAAAUACUACAGAUUGGUCAGUUAAUCUACCUUUGACUCUUUAUACAAUAGUUCACAUAUCGAAAAAGUGACGUUUGUAAUUUUCGUAUGCAGCAGGUGGCGCAUGCACAAAACUAGAUUUUCUGAAAAUUGCAUUUAAACUUUUUGGUGUCUUAUUAAAUACACAUUUGCAAAAGAAAGUGUGCACUUGGUUGCAUGGAUUUUUUUUAUAUUUAUUUAAAUAAAAUGUUAGCAUAUCUGGUAUCAAAUAUUUGCAAAAAUAUAUUUAUUACAUGUUCACGAUAGUUUGCAAUUGAUUGAAAUUCGAUUUUUAUAAAAAAUGUUUUACGAGUAAGUGGCUGAGAGCGAAAACAUAAAAGUUGCAUAUGCUUUUUGUUAAUGCGUUUUUGCCUUUAAAUACUUGAAUAUUUUAAUGGAAUACCGGUUCAGCCGACUCCAUAUGACACUUUCGUCAGGUUCAUACGUUCUUGUAGUCUGGUGUUGAUUACUAGACGAGAUGGACGCCACAGAUCCUGGUCUCGUACAUGUAACAAGACAUAAAAGUUAACAAUUCUGCAACUUGUACUUUUCACUCUUCCGUUGUUUACACGUAACCAAAAUUUUAAUAAUAAUCAAGUUUCUGUUAAAAGUAAAUCAUUGUGAGGUCUAUACAUUUCUGCAUAUUUUGAUACCAAAUGAUCCAAUAUUGUACACAAGUACAUGUACAUUAUUAAUUAUUAGGUAACCAAGUGUACAAUUUGUUGAACGAAGAAUAUACAUGUUUACAUAUAUGUCAUGUGCGAUAAGUAACAAUUAACAUUUUUUAUUAAAAUAUCAUUGAAUUUUAGGAUGUUACCAAAAGAAUAUAAAUAGCAAUGUGUUUGUACAGAUUUUGAAUGUCUUUUACAUUGUUUGACAAGUAAUUACUGUUAGUUUGAUACUCCAGGCAAUUUUAUUCUUGCUAUAAAUAGCAAAAUGAUCAUUAUUUGUACAUGCAUUAUACACGUAAAAGGAGGAAAAAAAUGUAUAAACACAGAAUACAACUCAUGCAGUAUUUUCCUGUAAAUCUCAUAUUGUGUGCCAUAUAUUUGACAUUGUAACAAUAUAGAAAUGCCAUUUUUUAAAGGCCAAUCCAAACAUUAUUAUAAUAUCAUUGAGAACAAAGGUAACAGUUAUAAUGAGUUUAUUCAUUUUAUAUUUGUAAAAAUGUUUGAAUUUCACGACAUAGUCUAGUGUCUCCAUGGUCUAUUAAGCAUUGUAAAAAUAUAUUGAUAAAAAACUAAAAUUUGUUUGAUUAGAUUGAAAAUGAUUUUUAUGCACAGUACGUGUUACUAUGUAACUAAUAAGGUGCAUACUUGCACUGAAUUUCUAACUGAAUUUUUAUCACGUAAACUUUUUAAUACACAAUCAGUAAAACAAAUACUUCUUUC